CAUUCUUCAAAUUCACCACCUUCCAAUUCCAAUUCCAACAAUACAUCAUAUUUAUUUUAAUUUAAUAUUCCGAGAGAAUGAGCAGAGACGGAGGAGAUUGGAUGUGCCAGGCGUGCCAGCACAUCAACUUCAAGAAACGGGAGGCGUGCCAGCGCUGCGGCUGCCCCAAGUUCGCCACGCCGCCGGAGGUGGAGGCCUACGCCGCCGCCCAGAGAACCGAGGUCAUGGCCGGAGACUGGUAUUGCAGCGGCAUGAACUGCGGCGCCCACAACUACGCCAGCCGAAGCACCUGCUACCGCUGCGGCACCGCCAAGGCCUACUACGGCUACGGCGCUCCUGAUGCUGCUGGCUAUACCUACGACGCCGUUCCCGGCUGGAAAACCGGCGACUGGAUUUGCAAUCGACUAGGAUGUGCCAUGCACAACUACGCUAGCAGGUCGGAAUGCUAUAAAUGCAAGACGCCUAGAGAGUGAGGUCAGCUCUCUCUCUCUCUCUCUCUCUCUCUCUACACACAAUGAUAUAUAUGUGUGUGUAUUUAUUUAGUGAUAUUUAUUUUCUUGUGUUAUUAUAUUAAUGCAGGAACAGCAAACUCAGGGAAUUGGAAGAUUAAUAGUAGGAGGGAGUUCAUGAUGUUUUAGACGUUGUUUUUUCUUGUACUUUUAUUCUUCUAGAAUUUUGUUCUACUUUUUCAAAUUUCAUUUUAAAUUAAUGAGCAUCGAUCUCAACCAGUUUGAUGGCUU